CUAAUCGGUAAAGGCUCUAGAAGUGCGCCAAGUUGCGAUGUCAUACGGGUGGUCGGAUCCACCCCGCGCUUGGAUUGAAAUUUACACCUGCUGGUCUUCUCGGUACAUCAUACGCGUCAAAGUGCUGCUACAAUGAAUGUAUAACAUCGUAUAGCUCGCUGCGAGUCCAGUCCAGCCAAAAUGGCUGCCACGGCUGACCUUGCGCAACAGUUUGCUCUCGCUGGCCUCACUAUAUACCAGUCAUUUACUGCACAAGCGUAUAACUCAACCCGCAAGGAGGGCGUGCCAGCGCUACCAACCUUCGGCCGCAAGAACACUUUGGCAGUGCUUGUUGGCAACACUAAGGAGCUAUGGAGGUGCUUUCUAAAACACCUUGCAAGGGACCCGGAACAACUGGACAACGACUCGCCGCUGGACAGCUACGUGCGCAAGACCAUCUCCAGCAUCGUCGACGGCGUCUACCUCCCACCAACGGACUUGGAACCACCUCAAGUGCGGUUCGCCGACACGUUCAGCGGCCCCAACUUCUGCGACAUGCUGCACGCGGCGACGGUAUCCGGGUUGGCGUGGAAGGACGACGAGCUCCACCUGUGUUGCACCCGGCGGUGGGGCUGCUGGUUUGCGCUGCGGGCUGUCAUCGUGUUUGACGCGGACGCCCCCGCGUCGGCUAUCGACAUCACGGCCAUGGAGGAGCCCUUCCCGCAGCUGCGUCCGCAGCUGUCGCAAGCCUAUGCAGAGGUCGUAGCAGCAGGAGGUCUGCAGAACUGGGCGGCAUCCUGGCGCAGCUGGGCUGCGUUGCGGCAGCUUGCCAGCUCUCUUGCGACGGUGGAAGGCUGCCAGUAUGACGAUGAACAGAUGGCAUAUCACUACACGAAGGACCGCGACGUCCUCCGCCGUGCCGUGGAGGCGGUUCGACAGGGGCCAGGGGUGAACUGAGCUAUUCAGCUUUGUCGGGGGUUUCGCUUCAAAACUGCCUACUGUACGUGCCAUCGUGAUCAACUGCUUUACAUGUAUCGCCUGAGGCGCUGGGCUAAAUGAUCAAAUGUUGCUGGCUAGUGUGCCCAUCGUGCACGAGGGCCCAAGCUUGAGUUACGACUAAAAAUAUCGGUGUGGCUGAUGACAGUAUAGAAUUUUGUAUUGCACCUAAGGUUAAACGGCCACGGUUUUCAGGCCGGUUUUUUUACUUCAGUUCUCAGUCCUUCGGAGGCUCCGCCCUACGCGGCUUCCAGUUCGUUUCCGACUGUGAUGAGUCCUGCUUUAGAUCACCAGGACAAGGAGGGCAUAAGCGAGUGACACGCGCACAACAUGUUGCGCUCGACACGUUGAGGAAGCUGAUGUAGGAGUGCAGCUUGCUCUGUAAUUGCAUAAAUAC